UUUUUUUUUUUUUUUCUCCUUGCUGAAAUUGUUUCUCCAGGUUUUUUUCUUGUCUAUUCCCGUUUCAACCCACCUUUUUUUGCCCUUCCGGAAGCUUCGAUAAGAGAAAAUGAAGUUGUUCAAGUCUGUUCACGAAUACAACUACCCUUGGAAUUUGGUGUCAGCAGCCAACUGGCAGAAAUACCCUAACGAACACUGCCCUCAUGUUCAGCAUGUCGAUGUCCUCAACCGCUCUGUUGAUCCUGAGACCGGCAUUUUAACCACUGAACGACUCAUUACCGUGAACCAGAAUAUGCCCAAGUUUAUCUUGAAGCUUCUUGGCACAGAUACCACUCAUUACGUUCAUGAAAUUUCUAUUAUUGACCCAAACGAGAAAACAUUGACUAUGCACAGCCGAAACCUCACCAUGAGCCAUUUAUUGGCUGUCAACGAAACGAUUGCGUAUUCAGAACACCCAGAGGAUAAGCAACGUACACAAUUUACACAGCAAGCGCAAAUUACCGCGGGCACAACGUUGCAUCGAUGGGCCAACAUGGUGGAAGAUGUUUCUUUGAAACGAUUUCAACAAAAUGCGCUUGUAGGGAAAGAAGGGUUCAACAAAGUGCUUGAAAGAUUUGUCGUGAUGUCCGAGGCGGCUUCCGAUCGUCAACAACAGUGAAGCAUCCCUUGCUAGCUUCCAACCAAAACCACCUCUUAUUUAUUAUUACUUGUCAUUAUUCUUUUUUGUUUUUAUUUUUCACAUGUCAAACUUUUUCCAAGCCAUGAUUCCGUGAAACCGAUAUUUCCCCAUGCACAUUUAUUUAUUUUUUCAUCUUUCAUCGCAUUCCAUCUUUUGCUUUUGCUUUAUGAUAUGUCAUUGCUUGAUCAUUUAGCGUGAUUAUAUAAUUUCGUUAUAUACAAUAAAAAAAAAGUACUCGCCUAUUGUGUAAUUCACAUGUCAACUUUGAAAAAAGGGAAAACUGGGUUUCUCCGUCCAAUUGUGUUCCACUUGCCAAUGGGUGGCACCAAAACAAGGGAAAGGCGAAAAGCGAGGGGCAAAGCGCCAAUCACUUGAUUGACAAAUUUGGCAAAACAUUGGAUCCCGAAAACCGUUUCAACUCCGCCAU